GACACUCUAAUCUAUAUUAAUUUUUUACUUCUUCAGAUUGAGCAAGGGGAGACACGGAGAACGUAUAUGACACGACAAGAAGUGGAAUAUGAAACAAUAAAAAAACAAGAGAGAGAAAAACCCAGGGAAUAAAACAAGUAUGGAGGCAUCAACGUGGACUGUGGGUCUGGCAGUGGUGUUACUGUUCAUUGUGUAUUGCUGGAGGAAGUGUUCGUACUGGUCAUCACGUGGUGUUCCCUCAAUCUCCGUUUUUCGCAACUUUUACAUUUAUCUCCACAUGAUCUUCAAACGUACUAAACCCUUUUGGUACUUCCUAAAUGAGACGUAUCACGAGAAUGAAGGGAACAACUUCGUAGGCGGCUACGAGAUCUUCAAGCCAUCCCUGAUCGUGCGUGACCCUGGGCUAGUCAAGCGCAUUAUGAUUCAGGACUUUGACCACUUCAGCGAACGAAGGACAUUUGGUAAAUCCAAGAAAGACGAAUGCUUGAGAGAAAUGCUUUUUCUCAUCAACGGCAGCCACUGGAAAGGCGUCAGGUCUAUUAUGUCCCCAACUUUCACCUCCGGCAGGAUGCGUCAAAUGUACCACCUAGUGGAGGAGAAAGCAGAUGCUUUAAUAGAACGUCUUCAGCGACACUGCCAAGAGAAAUCUUUCGUUAAGACAAAGACAAUUUACGCCCGUUAUGUCAUGGAUGUUAUAGGUACCUGUGCUUUCGGUAUCGAGUGCAACUCCAUCAACAAUGAGGAGGAAGAAUUUUGCAAGAAAGCAAAUGAGCUGAACGCCAUCAGCGCGCGGGGAAUAUUACGGGGAAUAGCUCUGUUAACGCUACCUAAUUCAGUGUUGAAUGCAACCGGGAUUUCUUUUACCACUCCACCGUUCCUGUUCUUCCAGCGCGUGGUGGAGGAGACAAUUAAGAAUAGAGAGAUGGGAGUGAAGCGGGGAGACUUCCUGGACCUGUUGCUAGAACAGCGGGAGGAGCAGAGCAACUCGAACACCAAGACACCUAAGUACCCUAUAAAAGACUCGACGAUCGUCGCUCAGUCCGUCCUAUUCCUUAUCGUGGGUCAUGAAACUACAGCCGGCACCAUGGCCUUCGUCUCCUACUACCUGGCCCGCAACCCACACCUCCAGCACCGACUUCGUCAGGAACUGAGGGACAUAGUGGAAGAACACGGCACGCUUACCUACCAGACCAUCAUGGAGGCGCCAUUCUUAGACGCCAUUUUCUCAGAGACUCAGAGAAUCAACCCGAUAUCAGUAGUAAUUGAACGACAAUGUUCUCAAGACUACAGGUUAGUCAUACAUACACACGCAUACUCCCAUACACACACACCCAUACUGUUAUACACAUACUCAUACAGUCAUACACACACUCAUAUUGUCAUACACACACAACCAUAUAGUCAUACACUCACACCCAUAAUGUCAUAUACACACCCAUACUGUCAUACACACACACCCAUAGUCAUACACCCACCCAUAGUCAUACACACACCCAUAGUC